AUGCACAAAGCACAGAGACCUCUUGAACCCUGCUUAACAGUGGCCUCACUUUAUCAAGCUCUCGGAAAGAAAGCGGUAGUUCCAUCGGUGUCGUAUUCAAACUUUUCCGAAGGUGCUUUACCAGCGCGUUUUGAUAGCUUCAGAACUUGUUAG